UUUUCAGUCAGAAGCAAUAGAUACUAAGAAAUUAGUGUGUUACAUCAAUACAUUGUACAUAAUAGUGUCGUUAUAGCAACAGGUUUAAACAGAGUCUUUCUUUGACAUCUUUGACUAAAAAGAUGUCUAGUAUAAAAGAAUAAUUUGUGCAAUACUUUAAUAAUUUAAUAUGGAGAACUUACCAAAUAUACCAGGCUAUACAUUUCAAAAUCCAAGUAUUAUUGAUUAUAGAUUACUGCAGAAUUUAAAUUUUUUGAAUGGUUAUCGUGUAGUGCGUGAUAGUAAAGUUGGUAUUGGAGAAAGACCAAUAGAUGCUGCAUCAACUGCAUAUUAUAAAGAUACACCUCUAGUACAAUAUGAUCCAUCGUUAACAUAUGGCCGUGUAAAAGGAUACGCGUAUCGUCAAGUUAUUCCGCAUUAUGCAUUGUUCGCGCAAAAAUGCCUUAGUUUCAAAGCGUUUUUUCGUCAAGGAGUGUUCAAUUCUCCUGAUGAACAUUAUCGCAUACGUCAUGUGAACAUCCUAUAUUUUUUGGACGACAACUCGAUAAGUGUCAUGGAGCCUCCAGUUAUUAACGCAGGAUUUCAGCAAGGAAAACUUGUUAAGCGUGGAAAGAUUGAGAAAAACAAAGAAGGUGAUAUACUACAUUGGAAGGAUUUCAAUGUUGGGAUUGACGUAUGUAUUUAUGGCGUAAUUUAUCAUAUUGUCGAUUGCGACCUAUUUACCAGAGAGUUUUUAAAUAGUCAAGGGAUAGAUGUCGGAAACAAAGAGGAACCUCCUGUAGAUCCUUACACAUCGUACCGUGCGUCCAAGCAGAGGACAUCCGCGUGUGUCACACAAAUCCCAGAUGAUUCUAGACGACGAUUUCUAGAAUAUGAUAAGAUGGUUUUGUGUUUCACAGCCACGUGGAACGAAGAUGUAUAUCGAAUAAUGUAUUUCUUAACAGACGACACAAUAUCUGUAAUAGAAGUUCAAAAACCAAACUGCGGAAAGGAUCCAGUAGCCACGCUACUAAAGAGAAUGAAAGUACCGAAAGACUGGAAAAAUUUACCAUCAUCUUAUCCAGCCAUAUAUCUAGAAUACGGCGAUUCAGAAAUUGUUGAAUAUUAUACACCAAAAGAUUUCAUCAUAGGCGGAACGGUGUUCAUAUUCAGUCGCCGGUUUCUUUUGCACGACUGUGACUCGUUUACACGGAAAUAUUUCCACGGCAUGUUGGGAAUAACUCAACCGGAAAGAAUUCCACUUCCGGAAGAGGAGCCGAAGCCGACAGUAGACUAUGUACCACCACCGCACAUAAUAUUCGGUACACCCGAGGAUACUUACACCGGCUGUUUCUCCUUCACGUCUAAACCGCCGAGAAAGGAUGUUGUCCGUCAGUUGAUCAAUUUUCCGAAAAAGCUGCGUUACUCCAUGCAAAUGGAUAUGGUGCAUCCUGAAGACAGGGAUCGUGAUUUCAUCUUGCAGUACAAUUUAAGCGAUGGCACGAUAGUGGUGCAAGAACUCGCAAAACGUAACUCUGGUCGUCGAGAAGGUUGCUUCUUAAAAGCGACACUGGUCCCGAAGCCAAACACUGGAAGAGACAAUCCGGAAUAUUAUACUCCUCAAGACUUCUACAUCGGCGCACAAAUCAACAUUUUCAAUCAUUACUUUAUCAUUGUGGGAGCCGAUCUUUUUGUGUACCGUUACAUGGAGACGAAUCCCGAAAAGUUCUCGCGUGUAGUACGGGAUAAUAUCCGUGACUAUUUCGCUAAACAAAAUUUACUUGAUGAAGACAUAAUGAUCAAAGCUAAAAAGAUACACGAUGCAGAGAAAGCGAAAGAUUAUGCCGUGAAACCGACCACUCCUCCUACUGUUGAACAUGACGCAGAAAUAAUGAAUUGUAUACAAGAUUUUCAAGCUCAAGCGGCGCAGAAAUACGAAGGACAACACGGUGAACUAAAAGUAAGCCCGCCUACAGUGGAUAAGUUGUGUCCAGAUUUAGCAACGACAAACGAUUCACAAAGUCCUAAACAAUUCACGAAUGCAUGUAAAAAGGAAGUAAGAUGGGAUAACCGGAUAGAAUAAUAACAAAGGUUUCUGAUUUACGAUUGGUAAUCACGUUAAACGAAAUGAUUUUUUUAAAGCAAUUUUCCAUUGAUCGGUAAUUUUUACUGUAGUUUAUUGAGGAAAUAAAUUACUUAAAUAAUCCA